GAGGUCACGUGGGGUCUUAAAGGGCCCCGGGAAAAGGGGAACGGGGAGCGCACGUGGCCCCCGUUGGGGGAAACCCCCCAAAAUCGGGGACCCCCCAAAACCGGGGACCUCCCAUAAUCCUGGAGCCGCAAGCUCAGGGCCCGGGCGCUUCUCCCCGCGCGGCGGGAGCCGCCCCGGCGCUGCGGGAGGUGGGAGCGGGGCGGGCCCGGGAGCGGUCCCGGUGUUUUAUGGAAAAGGCCCGGCCCGGCUGGAAACCGGGCUGAGCAAAGCAAAGCAAAGCAAAGCAAAGGGAGGCGGAUUCCUUCAGCCAGCGGGAAGUUGACGCACCAGCCUAAGAAUAGCGCGGGCAGGGGAAGCGUGGACAGCGCUGUCCCCGAAGCUGCUGAUGAAAUCGCAGCCAGGAGCGUUGGAGUCUUUGGACCUUCCCAUGCUCGGGACCUUUGACUCAUAAAAGGCUCCUUCAAAAAGCGUCGGGAGCAGAAGAGGGGAAGGGAGAGGAGCCGGAGAAGGGAAGGAGGAGCUGCUGGAAGGAGCAGAGCCCGUCCCGGAGCGUGGGGAGCCGCGGGGGGACAGAGGAGGUCGCUGCAUGUGGAGUUUUCGGACAAAAUGCUCUCUCUGAAGAAAUACUUCACCGAGGGCCUGAUCCAGUUCACCAUCCUGCUGAGCCUCAUCGGCGUGCGCGUGGACGUGGACACCUACCUGAGCUCGCAGCUGCCCCCCCUGCGGGAGAUCAUCCUGGGCCAGAGCUCUGCCUACACCCAGACCCAGUUCCACAACCUGCGCAACACCUUGGACGGAUAUGGCAUCCACCCCAAGAGCGUCGAGCUGGACUAUUACUUCACUGCCCGCCGCCUGCUCAGCCAGGUGAGGGCUCUGGACAGGUUCCAGGUGCCCAGCACCGAGGUCAGUGCCUGGCUGGUGCACAGGGAUCCCGAGGGCUCCGUGUCCGGCGGGCAGCCCGGGGCCGUGCAGGACGGCAGCGCGGGGGACGGCGCCGUGAGGGAGAGCGGAGCUGAGCAGGGAUUCGGGGAGGAGCUGGAGGAUCUGGGAGCUGUGGCAGCGCCUGGCAAUGGAGACCUCACCAAGGAGGACAUCGAUUUGAUUGACAUCCUGUGGAGACAGGAUAUUGAUCUCGGCGCUGGGCGAGAGAUUUUUGACUACAGCCACCGUCAGAAAGAGAGCGAAGUGGACAAAGAGCUGAGCGAUGGGAGGGAGCGCGGGGACAGCUGGAGGAGUGCAGGGAAUGAGGUCUUGGAUAGAAUCCCGCUAGUUGAUGGAGAGACCGGGGAGAGUUUCCCUGCGCAGGUGCCCGGUGCGGAGGAUCAGACAGCCCUGUCCCUGGAGGAGUGCCUUAGGCUGCUGGAGGCCACCUUCCCUUUCGGGGACAAUUCCGAGUUCCCAGCUGCGGAUGUCUCCGCCCUGAGCGAAGCCGUGCCCGGGCAGAGCCGGGCCCCGGGCGGCCCCCCCAGCCUGCUGUCCCCUCUCCUGGCCGAGAACGAGUCGCCCUUCGACCUGGAGCAGCAGUGGCAGGACCUGAUGUCCAUCAUGGAGAUGCAGGCCAUGGAGGUGAACAGCACGAGCGCCGAGAGCCUGUACGGCAGCACCGGCGGGGACCUGCUGGCGUCCAACUACAGCCUGGCCCCCGGCACGCCCAUCAACCAGAACGUCAGCCUGCAUCAGGCCUCGCUGGGCAGCUGCUCCCAGGACUUCUCCCUCUUCAGCUCGGACAUGGAGAGCCCCUCGUCCAUGGCGGGCGGCUCGGCCCUGCUGCAGCUGGCGCCCGACAACUCCACCGGCCUCAACAGCACCUUCGGCUCCACCAACCUGAGCGGGAUCUUCUUCCCGCCCCAGAUGAACAGCACGGGCAACGAGACGGCCGGGCCCGAGCUGCCCGACCCCCUGGGAGGGCUCCUGGACGAGGCCAUGCUGGAUGAGAUCAGCCUGAUGGACUUGGCCAUCGAGGAGGGCUUCAACCCCGUGCAGGCCUCGCAGCUGGAAGAGGAGUUCGAUUCCGACUCAGGUCUUUCCCUGGAUUCCGGCCACAGCCCCGCGUCCCUGAGCAGCUCCGAAGCCUCGUCCUCAUCGUCCUCUUCCUCUUCGUCCUCUUCCUCCUCCUCGUUUUCCGAGGAAGGCGCCGUGGGCUACAGCUCGGACUCGGAGAACGUGGACUUUGAGGAAGCGGAAGGGGCGGUUGGCUACCAGCCAGAGUACAGCAAGUUCUGCCGCAUGAGCUACCAGGACCCGGCUCAGCUCCAUUACCUGCCUUACCUGGAGCACGUUGGCCACAACCACACCUACAACAUGGCCCCGGGUGCCCUGGACCCCGAGGAGCCCAAAGCGCCCGGCGCCGGCAAGAAGAGCGGCAAGGAAAAACCGUCGGAGCUGCUGGACAAGCAGCUGAGCCGCGACGAGCACCGCGCCAGGGCCAUGAAGAUCCCCUUCACCAACGACAAGAUCAUCAACCUGCCCGUGGAGGAGUUCAACGAGCUGCUGUCCAAGUACCAGCUGAGCGAGGCGCAGCUCAGCCUCAUCCGCGACAUCCGCCGGCGCGGCAAGAACAAGAUGGCCGCCCAGAACUGCCGCAAGAGAAAGCUGGACACCAUCCUCAACCUGGAGCGCGACGUGGAGGAGCUGCAGCGCGACAAGUCCAAACUGCUCAGGGAGAAGGUGGAAUUCCUCAAAUCCAUCCGGCAGAUGAAGCAGAAAGUGCAGAGCUUGUACCAGGAGGUGUUCGGGCGGCUGCGGGACGAGCAGGGCCGGCCCUACUCGCCCAGCCGGUACGCGCUGCAGUACGGCAGCGACGGCAGCGUGCUGCUGAUCCCCCGCGCGCCCGCGCCCGCCGAGCCGCAGCCGCGGCGCCAGGAGCGCAAGCAGAAGGACCGCAGGAAGUGAAAGGCGGCGGCGGAAGGGAGAAGCUGGGGGACGAGGGCCGAGCCUGGAAAAGUUGCUUGCGGAGGGGAACUUUGUGAUGCCUUCUUAUCCGAAUUCUGUCUUCUGGAACCGCACGCGGCGCGCGCCGGGGACUCUGCUGCGGGAGCGGCCGUCCCUGCAGGAAGGGGGGGACGGAGCUGCUCACCCCCCACACACACACACAAAGCCCAGCUGCCACCGCCCAGCCCCCCGAAAAACGCUGGGGAGAGCAGGGACGAGCUGGCAUCGCUGCUGGGGGAGGUUGGCACGAGGUGGAUAAAACAAAAAAAAAGAAAAAAAAAAAAACAAAAAAAAAGAAAAAAAAAAAACAAACUACUGUUAGGAACUGGCUUUAAAUAAGAGAAAAAACCCACAAAAAAACAAGAAAAAAAAAAAAAAGAGAUUUAAGCGAAUGGACUUCAAACCAAGUUAUAGGAGAGACGUUUUUCUGAACUUCCAAAGUUCUGUGAUUUCAGGUAGUUGGUUGUUUUUAUUUUUUUUUCCCGUUAUUUUAUUUUUUGGUUCGUUUUUGGUUUUUUUUCCAGUUUUUUCCUUUGAUCCCAACCCUGUUUUUUGCCAUCGGUGUGUGUGAGAUAUUCCAGAUUUCUCCUUCCUCGAUGAUCAGAGAUCAGACCAGGGCACACGUGCAGAGACACAAAAGUGGCGUGACUUCCAUUAACCCUUUCCUGCCCGAGGAACCUCAGAGCCGGGGGGGGGGUGACUCCCAUUAACCCUUUCCUGCCCGAGGAUGCUCAGAGCCGGGGGAAAGGGCAGGAAAACCAUCCUGGGAGGAAGAAGGGCCAGGGGGGAUCGGGAAGAGAGGAGCAGCAGGAUCCGUUCCUGAGCACUCAGCACCCGCCUGCUUCUCCUGGGAAACGCUUGGGGAGGAAGUUUUGGGUCAGGAACAGCACAAGGGGAGCGCUGGGACCCCGAUCCCAACCUUGGGGUGUCACCUUGGGGUGUCACCUCGAGCAUUCAACACCUGCAGGUCCCCGUCCCGUAACCGCGCUUGGGGUUCUUGGGGGUUCCAGCCUUGAUUUUUUUUCACCCCCCUGUUAGGGUCUAGGAGUGCUUGUGUUGAGUAAAAAAAAACAAACAAAAAAAAAACUAAAAAAAAAAAAAAAACCUUAAAAAGAAAAAAACAAAAAAAAGGGAGAAGCCCAAACGUUGAAAGCUGCUCAAUGUUCUCUUUGCCAUAAAGAUUCCGUGUAACCGUGUGAUCACAUUAUAGGAUUCUCUUCUGUCCCUAGAGGUGUUGGUCUGACUUCCUUUGUUUUUCAGGAGGGGGGUGGGGGUAGUGCCUUGAUCACUGUCAGGUCUCCACACCUCGGAGACCAUCCUAGAGCUGUAUUUCCAUAUAGCACAGCUGGGAGUGUUCUGACUUUACCAGCAACCAGAAAAAAAAAAAUAGAAACGAAAAAAAAAAAAAAUUAAAAAAAAAAAAGAAAAAAAAAAGCUUAAAAAAAUAAAUAAAAUAAAAUAAAGUAACGGCUUUUCCGAGCCAGUCCUGUGCACGGGAUCCAAGGAGGAUUCCAGGGUGGUUGUUCCACCUGGGAAAGCAGCAGGGAAGGCCCGCUGGCAAGAUGUGUGUGGGUUUGUGGGAAUGUUUUCCAGGUUUUUUUGGGAAUGUUUGGAGCUGGGAUUGGCUGGAUGGGAGCCCCGAGCCCCCUCCAGCUUCCCGGGAAUGAAGCACAAGUUGGGAUGUGGGGAGGUUGGAAUGGAGAGAGAGCCCUGUGCGUGUGUUUUAAAUUAUUAUUUUUUUUUUUCCUCUUAGAAACUUUUUUUGAUUUGAAUGAUCUGUGACCUGUCAGGGAGAGAAGAGAGAUUGUUGUGAGCACAGGACAAAAAAUAAAAACGGCUUAUUCACUGUA